GGAGGCGGGCGGCGGGCGGCGCCUCCGACCGGGCCGUGAGGGGGAAGCGGCGUCCGCCGGAGCCGGGAGCGAGGAAGGGAAGAAAGGAGGAAGGAGAUGGCUGCGCCGCAGGCGCUGGGCCCGGCGGGAAGCGAUCAUCUGCUCCGGAUUUAGCUCACGAGAACAUGAAUGAAGAAUCUUUAACCUGUUACUGGGGCCAGGCCUAGUGGAAACUUCUAAUUCCUUUACAGCUAUGCUGGCUGCUCAUCUCCCUUGAAGAUCUCUCUUUGUAUUUGUACAAAGCUUUUGCCACAAUGAAUUCAGGCUUGUGGAGUCAAGAGAAAGGAAGUCCAUCCUAUUGGGAAGAACGCAUAUUUUAUUUGCUUCUCCAAGAAUGUAGCAUUAUAGACAAACAGACUCAGAAGUUACUGAAAGUACCUAAGGGCAGCAUUGGCCAGUUCAUUCAAGAUCGUGCUUCUGGAGGGCAUACCAGAAGUAUCCCUAAAAGUAAAAAAGUGCAAAUAGGAAUCAAGAUUUUGGAGCAGCCUCAUGCAGUCCUGUUUGUGGAAGAGAAAGAAGUUGUAGAAAUAAAUGAGAAAUUAGCGGAGCUGCUCUUGGCAAUUACCAAUUGUGAGGAAAGAUACAGUAUAUUUAGGAACAAAGACAGACUGACUAAAGGCCUCCACAUAGAAGUUGGUUUGCCGGUGAAAGUACAGCUGAGAUCAGGAGAUGAAAAAUAUCCUGGAGUUGUGCGCUUCAGAGGACCUUUGUUACAAGAAAGAUCACUGUCUGGGAUUUUUUUUGGAGUAGAGCUUCUGGAAGAAGGCCGUGGCCAGGGCUUUACUGAUGGACAGUACCAAGGCAAACAGCUGUUCAGAUGUGACGAGGACUGUGGCGUUUUUGUUGCACUUGACAAACUGGAGCUGGCGGAAGAUGAUGACAAUGAACUGGAGAAUGACUAUGCAGCUCCAGUUGACUCAAUGCAGGUAGAACUUCCUCCUUUGGAGCUCAACUCCAGGGUUUCUGUGAAGAUAGGAAAGAAUAUAGAGUAUGGGACAGUUAUAUUCUGUGAUGUCUUACCAGGAAACGAGAGUUUAGGAUACGUUGUUGGAGUGGACAUGGACAAUCCAAUUGGAAACUGGGAUGGAAGAUACAAUGGACAGCAGCUCUGCAGUUUUGCAAGUGUCGAAAGCACGCUUCUCUUGCAUAUCAAUGAUGUUAUCCCAGAGGCUGUUUCUCAGGACAGGAGACCUCCCAGACUUGCCUUUACCUCUAGAGGCGGCUGUGACAAAGGGUUCAGUCACAAUAAGCCGAAGUCUACAGGUGCACUCCCUGAUCCUGGAAGUAGAAACAGAUCAGAGUUUUUCUACGCUUUAAAUGGCUCUUCAGUGGAUUCCCAGCCUCAGCUAAAAUCGAAAAACUCGUGGUAUAUUGAUGAAGUUGCUGAAGACUCUGCAAAAUCCCUUAAUGACUCAUCUUCUGGAUUUGGGCAUUCUUCACCACCCCUUCAGCCUCCCCCAACAAACAGUUUAUCUGCUGAAAACCGAUUUCAUUCUCUGCCUUUCAGUCUGACAAAGAUGUCCAGCAGUAACAAUGCUAUCGGACACAGCCCACUCUCUUUAUCUGUUCAGUCGGUUAUUGGAGAGGGGAGCGCUGGGAACCCCCAGGACAGUCCACCGUCAGCAGUGGCGCCCAUAAACAUGCAUGGGCUUGAAGCAGGUUCCUUGGCCGAAGUGAAGGAGAACCCUCCUUUCUAUGGAGUAAUUCGCUGGAUUGGACAGCCACCGGGCGUAAACGAAGUGUUAGCUGGUCUAGAACUGGAAGAAGAAUGUGCCGGCUGUACAGAUGGUACAUUUAAAGGCACUCGAUACUUCACGUGUGCACCCAAGAAGGCGCUCUUUGUUAAGCUGAAGAGCUGUAGGCCGGAUUCUAGGUUUGCUGCGUUGCAGCCGGUAUCCAAUCAGAUUGAACGCUGUAACUCCUUAGCUUUUGGUGGCUAUCUCAGUGAGGUGGUUGAAGAAAACACUCCUCCAAAAAUGGAAAAAGAGGGCUUAGAAACGAUGAUCGGGAAGAAGAAAGGAAUCCAGGGUCAUUACAACUCCUGCUAUUUAGACUCCACCUUAUUCUGCCUGUUUGCAUUUAGCUCGGUUUUGGAUACUGUUUUGCUUAGGCCAAAGGAGAAAAACGAUGUAGAAUAUUAUAGUGAAACUCAAGAGCUUCUGCGGACAGAAAUAGUCAAUCCUCUCAGGAUAUACGGAUACGUGUGCGCCACAAAAAUUAUGAAAUUGAGGAAAAUAUUAGAAAAAGUUGAAGCUGCUUCCGGAUUCACUUCUGAAGAGAAAGAUCCAGAAGAAUUUUUAAAUAUUUUGUUUCAUCAUAUUUUGAGAGUUGAGCCAUUGUUAAAAAUAAGAUCAGCAGGUCAAAAGGUACAAGAUUGUUACUUCUAUCAGAUUUUUAUGGACAAGAACGAGAAAGUUGGUGUUCCCACCAUUCAGCAGUUACUGGAAUGGUCCUUCAUCAACAGCAAUUUGAAAUUUGCAGAGGCACCCUCGUGCCUGAUUAUACAGAUGCCUCGAUUUGGAAAAGACUUCAAAAUGUUCAACAAAAUUUUCCCGUCCCUGGAGUUAAAUAUCACAGACCUUUUGGAAGACACUCCCAGACAGUGCCGUAUAUGCGGAGGGCUUGCAAUGUAUGAAUGUAGAGAAUGCUAUGAAGAUACAGACAUUUCUGCUGGCAAAAUCAAGCAGUUUUGCAAAACCUGCAAUACACAAGUUCACCUUCAUCCCAAAAGGCAGAGUCAUAAAUUCAAUCCGGUGUCUCUUCCUAAAGACCUACCAGACUGGGACUGGAGACACGGCUGUAUACCUUGUCAGAAGAUGGAGUUGUUCGCUGUUCUUUGCAUAGAGACGAGCCACUAUGUGGCUUUUGUUAAGUAUGGCAAGGGUGACUCCGCCUGGCUCUUCUUUGACAGCAUGGCAGAUCGGGAUGGAGGCCAGAAUGGCUUUAACAUUCCUCAAGUGACUCCAUGCCCAGAAGUCGGCGAGUAUUUGAAAAUGUCUCUAGAGGAACUGCAUUCCCUGGACUCUAGAAGGAUUCAAGGCUGUGCGCGAAGGCUACUUUGUGACGCUUACAUGUGCAUGUAUCAGAGCCCAACAAUGAGUUUGUACAAGUAAGACUUGCCACCUGGACAAGGAGGACGUGGGCUUCUCGGUGACCCCCGACCCCCUAUCACAAGAAGGCUCAGCAGCACCAACGGAUCAAUCGGUUGCUCGUGCAUCUGUUGCAGGCAAUGGAUGCUUCACAGGGGUGGACACGAUGUCUGCAACAAUAGACUGGAAUGUUUUCAAGAGAGAGAAGGAAAAACACCCUACCAGAGAUACUCUCUGUUACUAAAGUACUUAAGCAUUUUGCACUCUAGGAAGUGUGUGUGUGUGUAUGUGUGUGUGUCGUAUUUUUAAUAAAAAGGUCUAAAUGAAGCGUUGAAAAUGUUCAGGCUACAAUUUGGAGGCACUGUGGUGUACGUGGAAUAACGUCUGUACGUGUCUUAAGUUGCCUUGUGGAACGUUCUGCAAAAACAUCCGGGAGAACCACAGAACUCUUCAGGGUGCAUUGCAUGCUUAAAUUUUGUGCAGGUUGUGCAGUUAAGGAACUUCACUUUGGGGGAGUUGCUGGACGGUGACCUAAAUCUCAACAUUGUGAUUUUUCUUGACUUUUGUAACACAGCACAAGUUAAAUCAUAAAACAAACAGCCUUUUGUAGUGCUUUGUGUGAGAGUGCGUAAACACACAUCGGUUGUUGGAUUGCUCCGCUGUGCUCCUGUGGACCAAGAAUGCUCUGUGUUCUCUAUGUGGCUAACGCCUGCCUUCAGGAAACAGUCAGAGUUAAGCUGAUGCAAAUAUUUUGCAGUCACGGGAUGGCUUUUCAAAUGAGUUCCCAAGAAGCCAACACACGGAGGGGUUUCAUCACAGUGGACCAUCCACACAGCUUGCUCAAAGACUGACAUUCAGUUCAGAAAACAUUGGUAGAAUCAUCUGUGAGCAGGUUGUAUGGAUGACUCAUUCUGGUAAAACAUGUUUGCAAUGUGUGCACCCACACAAAAUCAUCCCCAAAGGCAUUUCACAGCUGCAAAAUGUUACAUCAGUACUCUCUUAAAGCUUGGUUUUAAUCUGUUCUGUGUCCCUCCCCCCCAUCUGUGUAGGAAACUCCUUAGCAGAUAUCCUGCAUGCCUCCCCUUACUGAUUUCUGUGCUUUUUUUCAGAAGCAGCAUAACCUGUCGCAAAUUCCAGCUCCAUGGUUUCUCUUGCAAGAGUCAAAAAACGAGUUUUCAGUUGCUCUUGGGGACAGAGGCGACAAGGUUAAUUCAGAUUUGUGCAAGAAUAUUGGUAGGGAAGUUUGUGGAUGAGUCUGCUUUUUGAAGUGUCUUUUUCUUUGUUUCGUUAGAUAAUUGUGUGUGUUUGUGAGACAGAGGGAAUGUGUUGAUUGCAUGCAUAGAGGAGAAGUGGGGCGCAGAAGGAGUCUAGCCCCAUAGAGGACAUGAAUUGCAGCCCCUAAUCAAAGGAAGGAAUGCGUUCCCCUCAAGUCGUUACACCCUAGGGAAGUCGACUGCCAGUUUUGUCUUACCAUUUGAGAAAUCGGUGAUCAAGGUAGCACACAUACAAGGCCCUGCCUUCUUUGUGCAUAUUCUACUCACCCACGUAUGGCGUUCGGGUGCUGCGUUCUUCUGGAGCAGAUUUCAGUGGCGUUGCGCCAAGGUGAUUGGAGAGAAUGAUACUCAAAAUACCUCAAAUUGUUGGGGUAAAUGGUCCCCUGCAGUCUAUGACCCUUGCGAGCGCUGCACACAGGCUUCUGGGACACAGGAUGGCAACCUUAACUAUGUAUUCGCAUUUUGCCUCAGGGAAUGUCAUUGAAUGAAAUAGCUAGUUUGUUAAAUAGAUGCUGUUACGUGUGUGUGUGUGUGUGUGUAUUUUUCUGCCUGAGUAUAUGCUGUGGUUUUGAUUAUUUUGUUUAGGAUUGCUACUGUUUUUUUUUUUAAUCUAGAAGAAUAAAAUUGGAUCAGUAUGUAGUUAAAUCAUUCAGCCUACCUUUCAGUACAUAUGAAAAAAUAACUUAAGUUUCAGCAUCCCUGUAAAGUAUUUAGUGUGUGUGUAUGUGUUUUUUUAACAAACUGUAAAUUGAACAGCUCUUUGCAGUGGGAAUAAUCCUGUUAUAGUUGCCUUAAGCAUCUUUUUGAAUAACUUUGUCUAAAGAGAAGCAAAAUUGUACAUCCAAUUGCGAACAAAAUGUGGCAGUUGCAGGGGGAAAUGGAUUACCUACUACACUGAAAUAGCUUUCAGCUUGUUUGUGUGGGGGAGCUGUUUGCAUAAAUAGUUGUGUCUUGACCACCUUUCUGUGCAGAGAUGAUGAAGGAAGUAGGGCUUACGUAUCUAGGGCUGGUUUCUGUGAGCUGUAACUGAAGUGCGUGAUUGUAACUGCCCACUUGGUUUCCUGGUGUGGAUCUAGGCCUGCCAGGUUAAAUCCAAAUUACUCCCUUCUGAUGCGAUGGAGGGCCUGUUCACUCAGUGAACGAGAGCGGUUGGCACCAACCCAAUGUUUGCAUCAGGUUUGCAUGCAAAAGGUCAGUUUGUUUGGGCCAGAUCAUAAUGGUUGUUAACUUGCCUAAAAUUGCGGUCAGCAUCUUGUGUCUUGUGCUUUACCCAGUAAAUGGUACAGGCCUGUAAUCUGGAGACCUUACACUUUAAAGUUUGAGACCCGGAAGACGACAAAAGGAGGAGAGGAAGGCAGAAGUGGGAUAAAUUGGAAAAAUACGCAUUUGCUCCAGUUAUACAUCCUUGGGCUUAGCUUUAGCGGGAAGGGGAUCCAAGGGCGUGUACCGAAAGCUUUGUGGGAAAUCUGUACUUCUGAAGCAUAAUUGCUGGCGGGGGGGGGGGGCGGGGAUCAGCAAGAGGGGAAAACACUGUGACCUCUGUGGCCUGCUGGGAGGACUUACGGGGCAUCUGGUUGACUAUGGGGAGAAACAUUGUAUGUAUGUAAAUGGACCUUUACAGUGCAGAGAGUUACCUUCCCCCCCAUACCACAUCAAGAAGGUAUUGAAAUGGCUUGGUGGGAUGCUCUUAACUGGAGAAAUGGGGAAGCCUUGCGUGGCUUAUGGGGGAAACCUUGUAUGGUUUCCCAAUAGUUAGUUUGCACAACAGGUUACUGUAGGGUAACAGCUCUUGGUGCUUGAUGGUCAUUGCUGGAGAGGCAAAGAGAUCAGCUGUUUCUUCAGAGGGACUGAAGCAGGUUACCUAGCUACCUGACUCUUCAAGCUCAUCCUUUAGUAACAACUCUCAGCCUCUGGCUCUAGAAUACAGAAUUCCCUAGAAUUCUAGAAUUCCCUAGAAUACAGCUGCACUGGCCACAUAUGAUCCCUUCUGUUUCUCUGGAGCUUUUGAGACCUGUCAAGUUUUAUGGGUAGGUGGGUAGGUGUUAUACUCUUUUUCUAGGAAAUGCACUAGCCACUCCUCCCAAGCACUGUCCUUAUUGCUGCAUUUUCACAAUUAUUUGCCUGGUUAGCACAUUUGCCGGCUUAGCAAGGGGUCUUACCAAAGGAUCUUCACGUCUUACUAACGUUGCUGCUUAACAGCUGGGUACUUAUGCAGAGCUGAGGUGUGCAGAAGAAAACGUUCCUCGCAAAUGCGUAUUGGCAACAGAGUAAGCCAACAGAACAUUUGAGGAGGCUUAACUGAACCCCACAAUUCUGUGUGAACCGCUGUUGGCAUUUUUUGAUGUGUGUCGUUAUGACAAACAAGUACCAAGCUGUGGUUCUUAAUGACCACUCCCAGGGAGUAUAAUUCAGUUGGAUGUCGAUGUUUUGAAAGUCCUGCCUUCUUUGGAAUAUUUGUUCAUCUUGUACGCAGUUUGUGAAUUGCACUUCAUUGGGCAACAAAGCCGUGGGUUCAGUUUUCCUCUUCGUUGUUGUCUCGCGUAUGACUAACCCAAAUUACCUCUUGGAUGAAGAAACUCCUGGAGAAACUGGACUUCGUAGUACUGACACAAACUUGAAAGAAAGGGCCGUUGUAAACGCUUGUUUUCUGUGAGCAUCUCCUGUGUGUGGCUGGGGUAAUGUUAAUUACUCCAUAAUUAAUGUAUACACAACAAAAAAUGGAGGCUGUUGAUCUUUGUGCUUUUGGUGGUACCUGUAUGUUGAAAUGAAGAUUCCAAUGUGUUUCUGUUUAAUAACAAAGGUCUAUUUUUUUCAUGCUUACAUUAAUACAUUUCAAAACCAUUCAGAGGGUAUUCUGAUAUGUCCUGUUAUCCCUGUGUGUGUGUCUGUACACAACGUGCAAGUGGGGGAGGAGCAUUGCCACUUCAUACUGUCGAACAAUGAAGUGAGGGCAGUCCAUGUUUGUUUUUCCACUGCACGAACGAUGUAAUUACGUUUUCCUCGCCAUGCUUUUGUGUGAAUGAGGCCCUGUUCACGUAUCCGUCUAGUGACAUGGGAACUACUUCCCUGUAGUAAGAUAGGUAUGCAGUUAUGGAAGGAUUGUGUUUGUCAGGUGACCGACAAAUGAACUCCCUGUUUGUCUAUGGUCCAAUAUUCCCUGAAGCUGCCAAUUUCACUGUGUACCUAUAGCUCAUUUUCCUUUUGUUAUAGUGUCAUUCAUUAUCUAGGGCUAACAUUGUUUUGAGAAGGCCAUAGCUUCUGUGCCCUGUUCGUUGGCCCUCUAGGACAGCAGGUUGGUAGCUGCAUGAAAUGGGAUGCUGGACUCGAUAGACCACACAUCUGAUCCAACAGGACUUGUCUCCUAGCAUAAAGCUGUUAGGAGUAACCAAAAUGGCAUAGUAAAACUUUGCCUGCUUGCCCAACCUAUUGUUAAGUGCAGGUAUUUCCAAGCUGGAGUGCAACUGUUAAUUUCACUGCUUUGCAAAAGCAGUUCAUUUUUUCCCCUGUAAUUCAGCCUAAAUAUCAAAUCUGUUGAUAAACCAAACUAUCUGAGGUAAUUCUAACAUGUUUCACAGGCCACAAAGCGAGUAUUUCUAGCAAAAGUUUGUCCUAAUGCUGUGAGAAUGGGUCUUGCGCAAUACUAUCCCCUCUUGCUUUAAAAAAAAAAAAACCCAAUGUCGCUUCCUGGUCCUACAAUUGCAUACAAAUGUACAGCUUGAGCCAAAGGACAAACUAAUCAUGCAGUGAAAGGCCUGGGUGGGGUGGGAGGUAGAGAGGAGUCUGUAAACCAAACAUCUUCCCUUUUUUGUACAGUAUUUUAUGUGAUAGGGCAUUUUAGUUCUGUGAGGUUUUGUUACCGACCUUGGCAUGCAGUGGAUUGCAAAUUUCAAACAGUGCUUAUAAUUAAAAGACAAGCACUCCUUUGCAACUUGUUGCAGUGCUAUUUGAUUGUAUAUUGGAGGGAGUGGGUAGGAGUCUUGAACAUCAAAGGUCAGGCAAUUCCCCUUCCCCAGCCCCUCUCCUCUGCAGCUCUUCAGUGAUUGAGAAGAAGCUGUGGGAUGAUUGUUGCACGCAACUGUAGUGUCGCUUAGCCCUUAGCUAGUGGGCACAGAAGUGUGUGAUGGUUAGGACUGAACUAUCUUGCUGGAAACAAACUUUGAAUUUGCCAUUCCUGCACUCCCGGGGAUAUUAAGAGAGUAGAAGGCCUUACUCCUUUUCUAGUGUGAAAAAUUCCUUGCCUCCUGUUCAUAUGCCAUUAUACGAUGCUGUUCAUCCAGUCUUUAAGCAGCGGUUGCAUUCAAGUGUCGUGAGCCAGUUGAGAACGGGCUUGUAAAUCCUUGGGUCUGUGAACUUCCCUUGCUUCCUUAGCUGAGAUUGAAGACUUUGUUGGGCUAAAAGUAAUUGCAACUUCGUGGUGGUGUCCAGAUCUAGCAUUUGAAGAGAUUGUCUUAAGAAUUUCUUUCUUCUCUGCAGCCAGGAUUCUAAACCAAACAGCGUCUGAUUUGGAUGUCAUAACAAACUGAAUUCUAAAUCAACACAUCUUACAUUUUGGUGUAAGGAGUACUUGCUGUCCUGUUUCCGUCAUGAACAAGCACAAAGUUGGAUGGGUUUUUACUGCUUUUGGAAAGUGUUGCGUUUGAACUGGUAUGAAGCCUCCACGAUCUCUGAUGAUGGUUUUCAUACAUUCGAAUGCUUUCUCAAUGUAGCACUCCUUGGCGUGCGGAACACACUUGAGUGAACUCAGUUGCAAAGCUGAACACAUUUAAACCUGGUGCCAUCUUUCUAACAACUGUCCCUUUUCUGUUUUGUUUUAUAUGUUCUUCUGGCAUUCUGAUACAGUGCUUAAUGCUUUCAUGUGUAGCCGUACACAGCAUGAACCUUAAUCGAGCAGGGGGCAAUAUUGGUAGAUGAAAAAUGUUUUCCUUCAAAGUAGCAUUUCACUUUUCACACAACCUCUGAUACAGUAGCAGAAUGUCCAAAUGCGAAUUCUGUGUUCCUGGGCAUGAGAUUAAAGACCAGUGGCUGAGUGCAUGUGAAGGUUGAACCUUACUUUUCAAAAUAUUAGAUGGCCUGUUUUAAGGGUUGAAUCUCUUUAUUUGCCGUUGUAACGGAGUGUGUUUUGCAUCGGCUUGCACAGUUUGUGGUAUUUUGUCAAAUAAAUUUCCUGUGUCUGGUGCAGUGUGUCCUCAAUAGAUUUGUCUCCACCAAGAACGGAGGGAAGUCUUCUGUAGCAGGUUGCUGUAAUACAGCCUUAAUUUCCCAGAGAAGAGGAGAACUGUACCAUAUCCUGUUUCUGUAUUGGUAUUUAUUAAAUGUUCUGUUUUUA